AUGGAUCCUGAAAAGUUGCGAAAGGCGCAACAGGCGUCCCGAGAUGCCUAUCUCCGCAAGCAGGCACUCAAGCGGGAAAAGGCCGCUUCAGCGGUAUUGCAGGAGAAAAUCUCAGAGAUUGAGGCGGGGGUUCUGCCGCACUCUCUUACUGAGAUCGAGUUGUUGAGUAAACGCGCCCGGGAGGUACAGGCCGCUGGUCAGCUGCAGCAGACAGCCCAGCGAAGACAGGGACUUCUUGAGGAAGAUAGUGUACUAGCCUCACAUGCCUUGAAGCACGACGGAGAUUCGGUGGCGCCCCUACUCAGUCAUGUGGAAUUGAUGCCCCAGAGCAGUUCCAUGCUUCAUCAAGAGGAAUCUCACAAUUUUGUGGCAAUGGACGAAUCUGCUGUAGAUAAUCGUGUCAGGAACCGUGACUUUGUGGAGGAAAAUACGGAGGAACAGAUUAAACAGAAGCGUACCGAGGCGCUACAAGAUCAACAUCGUCGGCUUCAGGAGCAGCGACGAUCUCUACCCAUUUAUCACGCACGUGAAGAGAUACUUGAUCUGAUUUGCAAGAACUCUGUACUGAUCAUUGUCGGAGAGACAGGAUCUGGCAAGACCACGCAAUUGUUGCAGUACUUGUAUGAGGAAAAAUUUUGCGAGGCCCCUUCACACCCAAAGGAAAUGAAUAGCGAUGGAGGGAACGCGGAAGAAGCAGAAUAUGCAGGCGAGGAAAAACGACUUAUUUGUACUCAACCCAGACGUAUUGCGGCAAUGAGCGUGGCGGAGCGAGUAGCACAAGAGAUGAAUACACGCUGUGGGAGUAUCGUUGGCUACAAGGUACGAUUUUGA